AUGAAGCCGACAGACAAGCACUUUCGCUGCAAUAUCUGUCAGCGAGGCUUUACCAGGAUUGAUCACCUCAAGCGGCACCAUUUGCGCCAUUCCGGACAGAAGCCCUACUCCUGCAUUUUCUGCAAUGACUCGUUCGCACGUUGUGACAAUCUUCGCGACCAUUACACGGAUUGCGCCAGACGCGGGGACCGACAGAUCCCCGAAACGGGCCAGAGGGGUAGACGGCGACAUGCAUGUCAAUCGUGUACUUCCAUGAAAUUACGAUGCGACGGACAAAGCCCCUGCGGAUCGUGCCAAAAACGAAACCUAGCGUGCAACAAUGAGCGAACUGCCGGACCGAGUCUUCCUGAGAUCGAGGAGGAUACAAGUGUUGCGCCGAUGGGGCUGCAACAAGAAACAUUUCCGAUCCAUGCAGGUCCACCAGUGAAACCCCAGAUUUAUGAAGCACCAUCAUCGGACCGCGGAUCGAUUAAGUUCCUACUCAAUGGUGGCACGGACAGCUUCACGGAGAACUUUCGACUUCCACCACGCAGCGAUCGGGCACGAAGCCUAAACUAUCAUCAUCGCGUCGAUAUGGAAGAAGCGCAAAGGACUGGGUUUCCAUACAUUGAGAACGAGCGACCGGAGUAUGCUUCUGGAUUCGUCAAUGCCGACCCUGCCAUACCGCUCUCUUUUCCAGAUAUCUUUCUGGAUUUCUUGAACGUUCCCUUCGCGGAUGGGGUGAAGCCGACACAUGAUUCAUAUAGCGCUGAUGGAAUCAACUAUGAAGGUGUCGUCCCUCCACAAGCAACUUCUGGUCUCGCUCUACAGGGUGAUCAACCCCUAUUCGAGCCGGAACGACCGUUUGCUACGGCAUUGAUACAGGCGAUAUUGGCACGAGCAUGGCAGGCUCCACUCGAUGCCAAGGCGCAAGCAGAACUCACUGCAAACUUUAACUGUUUCUUGACGACGGCACGCAUUCGCAAAUGCAUCUUCCUCUAUUUCAAAUACUGGCAGCCGAGCUGUGCGUACGUUCACUCUUCGUUCGACCCGGAGACGGCUCCGUUGCCCUUAUUGGCCGGAGUAGUCUUUAUGGGUGCUAUGUACAGCGACGAGAGGGAGUCCUAUAUUGCCAAAAGGGUCCUCGACUUCGUGGAGCUUUUUAUAUUCUCAAGUGAUGUCUUCUCGGCAGAGUGCGAGGUGAGCACAGUUUUCUCAGGCAAUCGGUGCCACGACGGGGAAACAAACGACUGGACCAAGUUCCAAAAUUUCCUGGCCGGUGUCAUUAUUCUCACCGUCCAGUAUUGGGCGGGAAAUCGGGAAGCGCGAUAUCGCGCAUUGGAAACCCGAUUCACCGAAGUUGUUAAAGUUGCUCGUCGAAUGGAGUUGACGAAGACCCGACAUGAUCCGGCCGAUCAAGUCGCAGAACAUUUAUGGAUUCAGAAAGAGUGCCGCAUUCGGACUAUCUGCAUCAUCGCACUUCUCGAUUCUGCCUUCUUCUUUUACCAGAACUAUCCUUGUCGCAUCACGCACACCGAGAUGGAAUGCGACUUACCCUGUCAUGAACCUCUCUUUCGCUCUGAGCAUCCAUUUACGGCGCCAGACUUUCGCUUUUCCCGUGAACUUACCCUGCUUGGUGCUUUCCAAAGUUUGUUCCAAGGGACAACUUACGGUACAGCCCAUCAGUACAUGUCUCCCCAAGAGACGUCCCAAGAUCAAUCUCGAUCGCACCAAUUGAGCAUCCCGGAUCUCAGUGUUUUAGACAUGUUUUUAUUAAUACAUAUGCUUUACUCUUUCAUCAACACGCACAUGACACUCUUAGGGCCCUUUAUACGAAUGGGCCAUGUCAAGAAGUCUACACAGGAUACCACUUUGAGCCCUCGUGACAACAGUCCGAUCCCGGAAGAUUCCAUCCUCACAGCUAUCCGGGCCGCCCUUAGUCGGUGGCACGAACACUGGGUUGUACUUACCAACCGGGUCUCGCCUGAGGAAUGGGCUUUGAUGGGCUUUUACAAAAACGCUUACAAUUUCUGGCUGGUAUCACAGAUGCUGAUCACUAAAAAGGAUGCCGUGGAUGUGGUUAUGCAAAUGGAAGUCAAUUGUGAGGAUAAGUUGGAGAAGCUGAAGGUUUUGCUGCGCGACGACCAAGACGAAGUAUAG